AUGAGCCUCGUGAGCUCGGGCGAUGUCCGGUAUCAGGGAGUCCUGAACCAUGUGGACAUGGCCAACUCCCGCAUCACACUCGUGAACGUCCGCUGUUAUGGCUCGGAAGGCCGCCGAGACCCGGGACCUCAGGUGGAGGGCACCGACGAAGUGUAUGCGUAUGUAGUGUUCAACGGAUCGGAGAUCAAGGAGCUGACGGUGGUCCAGCCGCCGCCCCCCGAGCCCGCGCCCACGCCGCCGAUGGACCGCGCCAUCCUCACCUCCAGCAGCGUGGCUCCGGGCCCGCCCGCGCCCAGCGUGCCCAGCGCCUGGGGCACGUCGACCGCCUCCAGCUACUCCGUGCCGGAGGCCCCCGCCUCCGCGUCGGCCUUUGGUUCCUCGCCCUGGGGCCAGGUUGGGGUCGUGUCUGAUGCCUUGCUUGUGGUCGGCAGGGUUUUUGGAACGGGUGUGUUCACGUGGCAAGCCGGAGCACCGGAGGACUUUGACUUUGAGGGCGGCCUCGCCAAGUUCUCCAAGGAGAAGAUCGAUGAGGGGGUCGUUGAUGCCCUGCCCAAGGAGAAGGUCUACCAAAAGGACGACUUUUUUGACGAGCUGUCCUGUGACGCCCUGAGCCGAGGCCCCCACGGCGUGCGGCCGGAUGGCAGGGCGCGUGCAAUGGCGCAGCGCAAGACAGACUUUGAGACCUUCGGGAAGACCGGGGAUGUAAGGCGGGGAGGCUUCGGACGAGGCGACAGGGAUCAGGCGCCCCCUCCCUCCAUAACCUACGACAACGCGCUGCGCCUCGCUCACUCCACGCUGGCCGCCCUUCAGCAGAAGCUGUCAACCGUCUCAAGCAUCACCGCGCCCGACCUGUCUGCUCUGCACAGCGCGGAGCUGGGGCGGCACCUGGGCUCGGGCGUGGAGGUGCAGCCCGACGUGCAUGCUGUGCUGACUGGGCUCCUCACAGCGCUGCUGCAGCAGGGCAGCCACGCCUCGACGCGGCAGUCGCGCGAGCUGACCGACGCCCUAGCUGCCGUGGUGAGCGGGGGGGAGCAGGGGGGAAUGGCCUGA